GAUGCGCAGAACAAGCUCAGUUCAGAAGUCACUCUGUGUUCUUUUGGCUGCGUUUCUGGAGUGUCUUUCAAUGGUCUGGUACUUGGGAGACACUUCGCUUUAGGUAUCCGGGGCGAACUUUAUCGCCUGAGCAAAUUCACUGAUCGGCUGGUUCGAAAAUCCAGCCGAGAGCAUCUCCUAGUUUUAAACGUAGUUGCGGGGCUCGUCCCAGAACUGGGGUACGUACCGACUGAGAACAUUUGGAUUUGCGAUUUUAACAUCUCCGUCUGACUGAGGACUACAGAUGACAGCCUACAUGAAAAUGGUUUAUUUUCAGUAAACAAUUUGCUUCAGAUGAUUGAUAAAAUUGGUUCUGUCAGUACUUCUCAUAUGGAUUCUAUUGAAAAGAAACGUACGCUUUCUGCCAAUCACACUGAGGAAAAAUACAAAAACUGAUUCUCAUAUAAGAGGGGGAGCAUUCCAUUCACAAGCAAUUUGAUGAGAGACUUGUUUGCCCUUGGCAACUAAAGAUGAUGUUACUAUGGAAACGACUUGUGCUGCUAUCAAUCAUCGGUUGCCUUGCAGAAGAAGAGCUCAUAUUUCGAGGACCAAGAUGGAGAACAGAGCCUAGUGACCUCAUUUUACCCAUCAACUCUCCAGACCAGGAGGCUACUAUCAGAUGUGACGCAGAUGGGAGCCCCACCCCACAGUACAGAUGGUCGCUAAACGGAACGCUCAUUGAUCUGGGGAGUGACUACCGGCGUCACAUGUCUGGGGGCAGCCUGAUCAUUAGCAGUCUGGACAAGGACCAAGACACAGGGAUAUACCAGUGCACUGCCUUCAACACAGUGGGGACCAUCCUCAGUCGCAGAGCCAGCCUGCAAUUUGCAUACCUAGAUAACUUCAAGGCCCAAACAAGGAAUGCUGUCAACGUUCGUGAGGGCCAGGGAGUGGUUCUGUUAUGUGGACCGCCAAUGCAUUCUGGAGAGCUGACUUUUGCAUGGAUCUUCAAUGGAUAUCCAUACUUUGUCCAGCAAGACAGUCGUCGAUUUGUCUCCCAGGAGACAGGAAGUCUUUAUAUAGCGAAAGUGGAGCCUUCUGAUGUGGGCAACUACACAUGUGUGGUCAACAACAGCAUUACUAGAUUGAAGAUCCUCAGCUCUCCUACACCGCUGGUCCUUAGAAACGAUGGAGCAAUGGGUGAAUACGAACCCAAAAUAGAAGUACAUUUUGCUGACACGGUUCCAGCAGCAAAGGGAUCAGUGGUGAAACUGGAAUGCUUUGCUCUAGGAAACCCUGUCCCAGAAAUAAGCUGGAGGAGAACCAGUGGAGUUCCCUUUCCCAGUAAAGUCAAGAUGAAGAACUCCAACGCUGUACUGGAAAUCCCCAAUUUCCAGCAAGAAGACACAGGGACGUACGAAUGUGUAGUAGAGAACAGCCGAGGGAAGAAUGCUGCUCGUGGUCGCAUCUCAUUCCAUGCAAAACCCCAUUGGCUUCAAACAGCGACUGACACAUCUCUUUCCAUCGAGGAGAACCUGUUUUGGGAAUGUAAGGCCAAUGGAAAGCCCAAGCCUUCCUUCAGCUGGCUAAAGAAUGGCGAAAAUGUCAUGGCAGAGGGUCGGGUACAAAUGGAAAAUGGAGCACUCUCCAUAGCAGCUUUAAACCUGUCAGACAACGGGAUGUAUCAGUGUGUGGCUGAAAACAAACAUGGCAUUAUUUAUUCCAGUGCUGAGCUAAUGGUGUUAGCUUCACCUCCCAGUUUCUCUAAGAACCCACUGAGAGCCCUGCUGAAAGCUCGCUCAGGCAGUGAAGUCACCCUCGAGUGCAAGCCCCAAGCCUCGCCCCCAGCAAUUAGCCUGUGGAAGAAAGGAAAUGAUAUACUGCAGAAAACUGAGAGGAUUACUUUACUUCCCAACGGCACUCUGAAGAUUGCUAACGUAUCCAGAAAAGACGCAGGCAGUUACACGUGCAUCGCCAAGAACCAGUUUGGAACUGCCAGCACCACUGGAAGGCUGCUUAUCACAGAGCCUACCAGAAUCACCCUGAGGCCCGUUAACAUGGAGAUCAUUGUUGGCGAGAGCAUUGUGCUUCCCUGCCAGAUUGCCUGCGAUCCCUCCCUGGAUGUGUCUUUCUCUUGGGCAUUCAACGGGCAGCUCAUCGACUUCCAGAGGGACGGGGAUCAUUUUGAGAGAGUGGGAGGGAGCAUAUCAGGCGACCUGAUGAUUCGUAACAUUCAGUUAAAUCAUGGAGGAAAGUACAUCUGUGUCGUUGACACUGAUGUGGAGAGCUUGUCUGUUUCAGCCAUCUUGGUUGUGAAAGGUCCCCCCGGCCCCCCGGAUACAGUAGCGGUGGAGGAGAUCACAGACAGCACGGCCCAGCUCUCUUGGAGCCCAGGCCGGGACAAUGGCAGCCCCAUUACUGGCUACAUCAUACAGGCCAGGACUGCCUUCACUGUGGGCUGGCAGGCUGUCGGCACAGUGCCUGAGGUUGUCAACGGCAACACAUUAACUGCCACAGUGGUUGGCCUGAAUGCUUGGGUGGAGUAUGAGUUCAGGGUGGUGGGCAGGAACAGUGUUGGUAUGGGGGAGCCCAGCCCAGCCUCUGCCAGAACCAGGACAGAGGAUGCUAUGCCUGAUACAGCUCCCACUGAUGUUGGAGGAGGAGGUGGCACAAAAUCUGAAUUAGUGAUAACAUGGGAGCCCGUGCCUGAGGAAUUGCAGAACGGAGAAGGAUUUGGUUACAUCAUUGCUUUUCGGCCGCUGGGUGCUGUUACCUGGACUAGAGCGGUGAUCUCCACACCCGGGGUGGCCCGCUACAUCUUCCGGAACGACACCAUCCCGCCCUUCUCCCCAUUCGAUGUGAAGGUCGGAGCCUACAACAACCGUGGGCAGGGUCCUUUCAGUUCCAUUGCCACAGUCUUCUCAGCAGAGGAAGUUCCCAGCGUGGCCCCUAAGAAGGUCUGGGCCAGAAGUGUGUCUGCCACACAAAUAGAGUUUAACUGGGAAGCUUUGCCUGCUACCCCUGAAAGAGUGCUUGGAUAUGAGGUUGUUUUCUGGGAAGAUGACACCAAACCUGACACGGUGGGAAAAGUGAGAAUAUCUGGAAACUCCACCGUGGUUAACGUCACAGGCCUGAAAGCUAACACACAGUACUACCUGGCUGUCACAGCUUUUAACACGGCCGGGACAGGACCACAGUCUCCCCCUAUCAACACCACCACCAAGAAACCACCACCAGGACAGCCUCCUGUUAACAUAGAAUGGACGAUGAUUGGCUCUCUUCUCACUCUGCAGUGGGACCCAGUAAUAGCUAUGGAGAUAGAGUCAGAGGUCACCGGAUACUUGGUGUUGCUGAGACGACAACGAUAUAAUGACGUAAACACAAUCCUAACAAACAAAACCACCAUAGAGUUUACCCUCUCUGCCAAUGACAACUAUCUCAUCCAGAUCAAGACCCUGAGUGAUGGUGGGGAGGGUGUGGGCAGUGAACCCAUCCACAUCUACAAAUUAAGUAUGGGAGCGCGGGGCUCAGGGGCUUCUCCUCUCAGCCCUCUGUACUUCACUGCAGUCCUCAUCAGCGCUCUCCUCGGCUGCUCCUGGUAGUUUGGAACCAGAGAGCUCCUACUGGACCCCCCGCCUCUCCUCUUCCAUCAGUCAACCUGCUCUUACUGCUGCUGUUUACCCUCCACCUGACUGGCACCGGGCCCAACCCUCAGGACUGGACUGCACUUGACAGAACCAGACAGAAGUAUCACGGUGAAAUGCAUUGAUUGAAGUUGCAGUCUGAUAGGGACAUGGAUUUGUAUGCAUGAUAUUUGACAUUUUCUUGUUUUGACAUAUGGGCUGUCAUGCUUUAGAAACUAUUGACUUUUUUUAAACAAAGAGACUUCCAUUUGGAAGAACCGAUGUCUACAUGAUAUACUGUAUGUUUGUGAAAACGCUGAUCUUUGAAAAAUACUAAUGCCUUAAGUCCAUAAUACAUACCAAAGUAGUUGAUACUAAAUUUGAGUCACAUUUAUUUAAUUCAUACAGUUUGAACCCUUAUGAAAAAUAAAAUUAGUCAACGAUCCCAUGAACGUGAAUUUUCCACCUGACAUAUAUUCAAAUGUAAGUAAUUGAUUAACAAACAGUUCUUGACGGUCAACUGGCUUAUAGAGAGGCGGCCUUGUUUUUUUUUAGUCAGUGACACUCCAUUUGCCAAAUAGCAGAACUUUAAAAGUUUAGUAGAGAUGCACCAUACUUUUAUCUCUGUGGUAUCAGAUUACAUUUGACCACAACAAACCUUUUUGAAUCACACUUUUUCUAAUUACAGCAAAAAACUCCCACAGCAUGCUUUGUGUGUUAACUAGUUGCCUCAAAGGGAGCAGGGCUGGAAAGCAGAUGGAUCACCUGUGCCUCUCACCCUUUUCUGCAUAGUGAAAUACUGUAGGAACAAGGCUUGUCACUGAGCUGCUGGCCCUAGAGCGUUAGACCAUCUCUAUAGCACGCUAAUGGGAUUUGGCAUUUUGUUCUCUAUCUUACGCUCCUCUAAAUAAUUAAUGCAUAUCACAUUCAGCGUUCUGAACCCAGGCAAAUGGUAAGUUUCCUGAGAAUAGUAUAAGGUGGUGUUACUUUGUCAAGUAAAUCCCACGUUAUCUUUCUUUACAUCUCGAUGACCUUUGUUCUAGUUGUGCUUAUCAUGUAUGACUGUACUAGUAUCUAGAAUUGAGAGUUCCAGUCAGUGCAAUGCUAAAACAGCCAACUGUAAAUGCAGUGCUUACUAGUGACCACAGGAACCAACGCGUGCAGUCUUCCAAAUGGCCUGCAAAUUUGGUCUGACUGUUUUAAAUCAGCUUUAAAUGUCAAAAUGGUGAAUGGAAAGGGUUUGUUGAAUUAACAUUCAUAGAAAUACUGGCUCGCGUUACACAAAAAGGGUUGAAAGCUUUACAAAAGCAAAACAGAUUGAAUAGAAAGUUCUGCAGAUGUUGAGUCUUCACAGUAACUGUGAGAUUCUUUGUUAAUGUACAGUAUGCUUUAUCCGCAUCUUAAUUUCAGAGCUAUUAAUGCAUCAAAUUAAAUAUGUCAUGCUGGAAUGACACAUAAUAGUAAGCUGUCAUUAUGUCCCCUGCAUCUAGUACAUCUUUCUGUAUAUUAUUAAAAAGCUGCUACUCUGUCUAGGUUCAGACUCCAGUUAGAUGCAGAACACAAUAGUGGGCAACACUUUAAAUUAAGGUGACAUUAACUACCAUGUAACUACAUGGCUAUACCUAGUAACCACAUUGUCAUUACAGGAUGUUAGCAUUGAUCUUGCUUUCUUUGCUUUACAACACCCACUUACCUCUAAUAACCCUCCCUCAUACUGUGCCUUCUUGUAAAAUAAGAAGACACAUAUAUUUUGAUUGAUUGAUUGAUUCAGUUAUUUUGAUGUCAUGCACACACAGUUCCCAACCCUCUUAGGUUUCUAAAACACCAAAAGUACAGUUGGAAAGGUCAAACAUGUCAUUACUUUAAAGUAAUUUUACAGCUCAAGCUUAAACAAAAUAUUCUGCCUUCUCCCCCCAGCUUGGCCAACAAAAUCUGCUACGAAAAGUUCCCUUCCUGAAGCAUAACUCAAGUUUUAAGUGCUUGAAGUUUUACUGUAUAUAUUGUGUAGUUACACUGUAGUUUAUGAAACUUUUAUACAAAGUGUUGUCCAAAAGUGUUUUUAUCUCAUAUUGUUGGAUGGGCUUCUUGUCAUAAGCCAUUUUUGUGCAGUAUAGGUGUUGAGUUGAGAAUUGACUGAUCUCUGAAGAGUUUUGUCGCAAACGGUAAACUGCACUGCUACUGUUGAAAGAACUGUGCCUUCUCUGAGCCAGAGGCUGUUUAGGCUAGCUGAGCAUUGGUGAUUAUGUUAUGGGCAGUCAUCCUCCUUUGCAUCCGAACUUGUUUCCCAAAGUCAAAUGAAAGCACAAGGAAGUGGUCCAAGGUGACCGGGUGUCCCUGCUCAGUCACCGGAACAGGUGUGUAGGCUCCAGAGGCCCGUAAAACCCAAACAGCAGACACAAUCAGGCUGUCCUAUCCACUCCUCCCCUGCUUUCAUAAAAGCCUGUGCUCGUUGAUUAGACUGCUGCAGACCAGUCAAUUGGAUAUUGAUUUUUCUUUCCCAUUAUUGCAGCUGUCACAAUUCAGCCAUUUGAUUGACUGAUGGCUGCUUUUCUGUUGCACAUGUUUAGGUGUGAUACAGUUGGGGAUGUUUGAGAUACCCAGUCUCUGCUAACCAAGCUCUCAUGAUCCUGUAGUGCAAGACAUUUCCUUUCAGAUAGUAAACUACCAUUUGUGUGAUUGGAAUUUUAAGAGUCUGUAUUUGCUCCCUCGCUAUUUUUUAACAUGUUGAAGUAAAAUCAACAAUUGCUUAUA